AUGGCUUGGGGAUUUGCUAUUUAUUAUUAUUCGCCUUUUACUGCAGUACUGUAUUCGAACAUGACACCAGCUCCAGAUGGUCAUUGGCCAAUCAAAAUGUCGUGUCAGUUUUCGACUCCGCCCGACGUCGUUAGCGACUGGGUUUCUUCCAUGUCGCCUCAUACCGAAAGCCCACGAUGCUUUGCUAUACCGUCAGAAGCGAAACAAGCUACCUGCGAUCGGUCCAUGACUGGUAUCGCUAUGUCCGGCCUCGCUAAAACACCUCUGCCUGCGCUUUCCGAGGGAGACACUUAUCGAAGCCGAACCCACAACACCAACACCAACCAGCAUUGUCAAUCUUCCACAGGGGCUUGUCCAAUUGUCCGCGUCGCAUUUUACAACAAGAAAUACCAACCUAGGUGUCUAGCAAGAACAGCAAGAGCAGAAAUGAAACACGAUGUUUCUAGUUACAAUUUCAAUGGAUGCGCUGCCAGCACCGAGGACGAAAUGACGGAGUGGGAAGACUCUGUCGAAGCUAGCGAGCCACUUGUGAACCAUCUCCAGUUCGGCCGCCGUGUGGAUCUGGAUGGUACGGCAGCCGGUCGUUCUCUCAUCACAGUCAUGUUGGAGCAGUCUGGACUUUGCACUGAUGGCACAAAUGCAGCUGCAUGCGCGGCAUAG